AUGCCGACACCUUUUACGUCACCAUUGAGCAGUAACUUCGGCCCAGCAUUACGUGUCUCUUUGCCGUCGAGCCGCUCCUCCACAAGUCGAGGCGAUUUUCGACCACUGAACAUGCUUGCUGGCCUGGAAUGCCUUCAUGAAUUGAUAAUGCCAUUUUCAAGCUCACCGUGGUGGGCCUGUAGCAUUUGCUAUGUUGCUGGCGCCAAUUUGGAUCGAAUCGAUGAGCAUGUGCACUCGUUCGGACACAAAAGAAUUUAUAUUGAUGAAUUUCAUCCGGAUAAAUUGGAUCUCAGCAAUAUGGACAAAAUAACAAGUAUGGAGAAGUACCAUUCAGUUGGAUCGAAAAUAUUCGAAGAGCAGGGCAAAUAUGAAACACCAGAAGUAUUGAAACUGGAAGGCGUAAACAAAAAUUGGGUUUUGCAAAAACUUGGACUCGAGCCAAGUGAUGAGGCACCGAAUUAUACAGUUGGAAAAGUUUUUGGUGGACAUGAAGCGCUGCACUGUAAUGUGUGCCAUACGAUUUUGAUAAGUAUCGAAGAGACAAGACAACGAUGCUGGAAUACCCAUCUGAGCACCAAAGAUCAUCAGCGAAUGCAAAUGAUCGCCUCCGCAAUCACUGACUGUAUGCUCUUUUUUCAAAAAGAGGAAUUAUUUUUAAAUUUUGUUUGGGAUAUAAUCAGCAGACAGUGGAGCAACAACAAGUGA